GUUUUGGCGUUAGGGCUUCCUGGGCAAAUUGCCCUGUCCACUCUGGAGCCUCGCAGGCAGGGAAUUCUCGGUGGGGCCCAGCAGCACCCUUUAGGAUUUCCAACACCAGCACAGCGAUUUCUCAACUCCUGGCCCUUCUCCCAACCAACCUCUUGAGAACCAGUCCGCUCAAGACACCGGCAAGAUGGUCAAGAAGAGAAAGAACAACGGCCGCAACAAGAAGGGCCGCGGCCACGUCAAGCCCAUUCGGUGCUCCAACUGCUCGCGAUGCACCCCCAAGGACAAGGCCAUCAAGCGGUUCACCAUCCGCAACAUGGUCGAGUCUGCGGCUAUCCGUGAUAUCUCGGACGCUUCGGUGUUCUCGGAGUACACGGUUCCCAAGAUGUACCUCAAGCUGCAGUACUGCGUCUCUUGCGCUAUCCACGGCAAGAUUGUCCGUGUCCGUUCCCGCGAGGGCCGCCGCAACCGGGCUCCUCCCCCGCGCGUCCGCUACAACAAGGAUGGCAAGAAGGUCACGCCCACCCAGGGCCCUAAGACUGCCUAAGCUGCCCACCACAUUCUUGCUUUUGCGCUCUGAGUUUGCAACAUCUGGCCUAGACGGGGAGACGGCGCUUUGAUGAUCAGAAAUUUUAUGAGAUCAUGACUCGGCCUGCAUGACAGGCCUAAGCCACCGCGGAGACGGAUCUGGCGUUUCAGUCGGUCCCACGGGCGGCGUCGUCUAAGAGCCAUAGUCAGCAAUUCAGAGCACUUGUUGUGACGGAAUGAUCUGCCAUUCGGCUUGUCGUUUUCAUGCAUGACAAGCCAGAUCCACGUCGUAUGGUCGCUGUUUCCCUGCUUCAUGAGCUUGGGUGUUUGUUUCUGUGCGAA